UCGUUCACCUUUCUUUCUAGCCAGUUGUCACCUUCAAAUUUCUCGCUUUCUUUCUCAGCAAACGAACGCUCCUUUUGUGCCACUCUAUAAUUCUCUAUCAAUAUAUAAAUACCACACAAUACAACCAAACACUAAGCAAUCACUGAUAAGUUCCUACCAUACAGAGAAAAACAGAGAGAAACAAAGAAUUUCAUGAUGGAGAUGGACGGCAUAGAGCACAGAACAGUCCAAGUCAAUGGCAUAAACAUGCACAUAGCCGAGAAAGGCCAGGGCCCACUCAUCCUCUUCGUCCACGGCUUCCCCGAGCUCUGGUACUCCUGGCGCCACCAGAUCACAGCCCUGGCCUCCCUCGGCUACAGAGCCGUGGCGCCGGAUCUCCGCGGCUUCGGCGACACGGACGCGCCCGAUUCGCCCACCAGCUACACCUGUCUCCACGUGGUCGGAGACCUCAUCGCCCUCCUGGACGCCAUAGCCCCCGACCAGGACAAGGUGUUCGUGGUUGGCCACGACUGGGGUGCGUUCAUUGCUUGGUACCUCUGCUUGUUCCGGCCGGAUCGGGUCAAAGCCUUGGUCAACAUGAGCGUGGCUUUCCUGCCUAGAAACCCUCAGAGGAAGAGCCUUGAAUCUCUAAAAGCUGUUUAUGGGGAUGACUAUUACAUCUGCAGAUUUCAGGAGCCAGGAGUGAUAGAAGCUGAGUUUGCCAAGAUUGAUACUGCAAGAGUUAUGAAGGAAUUUCUAACAUAUCGCAAUCCUGGUCCACUUUUCCUGCCUAAAGACAAAAUGUUUGGACAUCCCGUAGAUGCUCCAAUUGUCUUGCCGAGUUGGUUGUCUGAGGAUGAAGUCAACUACUAUGCCAGCAAAUUUGAGAAGACAGGAUUCACUGGGGCCUUAAACUACUACAGAAACUUGGACCUAAAUUGGGAACUCACUGCUGCAUGGACUGGGGCUCAAGUGAAAGUUCCAGUUAAGUUUAUUGUGGGGGACCAGGACCUAACUUAUAAUUCUGUGGGCACCAAGGACUUCAUACACAAAGGUGGGUUCAAGAAAUAUGUGCCUCUUCUGGAAGAGGUAGUUGUAAUGGAAGGAGUUGCCCAUUUUAUCAACCAAGAAAGGCCUGAUGAAAUCAACAAACACAUUCAUGACUUCUUCGCAAAAUUUCACUAAUUAGCUGUCUAUAUAUGUAUGUACUUUGUAUGCUGCUGCUGCUGUUUCAAACUUUCUAUUAUGCGUUUCUCGAUCGCGUGACUUUUUAAGUGCUUUUGUGUGACUUUGAAGUGUUGUGUUUUUUGAGAUGGUAAUAUAUAUCUGAUGUUCUUCUA